AUUAUAAAAUUAGAUAAAAAAGGUAUAAAUAGGCUUUGAUUUUCUAUAUGUCACAUUCAGGUAGUUAAGUUUGCUUGAUGACAACAGAAAUGCGCGUGUUUUUGGCAAUUUGUCUGUGCGUGACUGUGGCUCUUGCAGUCGACAGUGGAGAGUACAAACCAUACCAGUUCCGUCCUUUGAGCAAUGUAGCUAGCGCAUCUGCUUCGGUGUACAACCCUGGCCGGUACGAGCCAGGUCGUUACGACCCUAGCCGCUACAACCCUGGUCGCUACGACAACUCUGGACGCUACAACCCGGGCCGCGACAACUCUGGCCGCUACGUUCCCGACAACUCUGGCGCGUACAAUGGUGACCGUGGCGACCGCGGUGCGGCCGGCGGAUUCUACUCCGGCUCUGGAGACGCCGGCGGUCCCGGAGGAGCGUACAGCGGCUCCAGCGGCCCAGGAGGUCCCGGCGGCGCUGGUGACGGUUACUCUGGCGCUGGUGACGACUCCGGAAAGUACAAGCCUGACAACAGCGGUGCUUUCGACGGUGACCGCGGCUCUGCCGGUGGUGCGUACGUGCCUGAUGCCAGCAGCGGUUCGGGAUCUGGCAGUGAUGCCGACUCCGGCAGCGAGAAGGUUGCGUCUACUGCUGCUCCCGUAACAGCGACACCCUACGUCAGCACCUUCGCCCCUAACACCUUCGCCCCUACCACCUUCGUUCCUGUCACCAGCGCGCCAUUCGUCGCUCCCGUCUCUCGCGUUCCCGCCCCUGUAGUCAAAGUGCCCGCCAACUAUGGUGACUACCAAUAUAAGUUCGGUAUCAUCCGCUACGACAACGAUGUCGUUCCUGAUGGUUAUCAUUACCUGUACGAAACUGAGAACAAGAUUCUCGCCGAAGAAGCUGGUAAGGUUGAGAGAAUUGACAACGAGAAUGAUGGAAUUAGAGUGAAGGGAUUCUACGAGUACGUCGGCCCUGACGGCGUCACCUACAGAGUAGACUACACAGCCGAUGAAAACGGAUUCAAACCACUGGGCGCUCACAUUCCCCAGUGAGAAGUUCUUGUUUAUGGUGUGUAUGUGAUGGUAAACGUUGUACUAAUUUGGAAAAAUAUGUCACCGACGUUUCAACUGUACCUUACUAUGUAUAUAAGAUAAAUAAAUAGUUUGUUCCUGAA